CAACAACCUAUAAGAUAGAAAAAAAAGAUAACUCAAGAUUUAACAACCCUAUUCCUCUAUUUAUAUGGACCUAUGAAAAAACCAAAAAGCAUAUACUUCUUACCACUCACUCAACUCUUUCUUUCUGCCAUGGUUCAACAGCAACUCGACCGUGUAGAUCCAAAAAUAUGGCAGGAAUGUGCCGGAGACUCCGUCCCUCUUCUGAAGCUGAAUUCCAAACUCUAUUAUUUCCCUCGAGGUCAUCUGGAACAUGCUUGCCCUAACUACCCUGCCACUCAAGCACUCUCGCUCAUUGAUCGUUGCCGUCCGUUCACUCUAUGCGUUAUUUCCGAUGUUGAUCUCUAUGCAGAUUCUGAAACUGACGAACUUGUUGCAAAGCUACUAUUGACUCCCGUAACUGACGGUAGUGUUGUCCCUUCCGAGGCCGGCGGUGAAGUUGACGGUGAUCAGAUUCUUUCCUGUGCGAAGACUUUAACCCAAUCUGAUGCUAAUAAUGGCGGUGCAUUAUCCGUACCUAUCAAAUGCGCUACAAAAAUCUUCCCACCACUUGACUACAACACCGAAUCUCCGUCUCAAGAUGUGUCGGUCACCGACUUUCAUGGCGUAGUCUGGAACUUUCGUCACGUGUUCAGUGGGACACCCAAGCGACACCUAAUCACCCAUGGCUGGAGUACCUUUGCUGACCAUAAGAAACUAGUCAGCGGUGAUAUUGUUGUUUUUGUUAAAAACUUAGCCGGAAAAAUCACCCUUGGACUUCGCCGGAAAAACAGGUUUGCUGCCGCUGCUAACAUAACGGAAAAGGUGGUUAUGGUUACCAAGGCAGCAGAAUUGGCAGACAAGAACACAAUGUUUGAAGUAAUGUACUAUCCGACAUCCGGUGGUUUUGAUUUUGUGAUGGGAACUAAGGUUGUGGAGGAUGCAUUGAAGAUCGAUUGGAGUCCUGGAAUGAGUGUUAAAUACACUGUGAAGACCAAUGGCGAUACUUCAAAGGGAUGCUCGGUUUUUCAUGGGACAAUAUCUACUCUCUCCCCUCCUUCUUUUCGUCCAUGGCGCAUGCUUCAGGUUGAUUGGAAUGAGUCUCCAGUUUUGAAUGAUCUUGCGAAAGUAAGUCCAUGGCAGGUUGAACUUAUUAUCAAUAUACCUACCAGGCAUUUACCAUCAAAAAAGAUUAGAGCCCCUCAGAAUUCUGCCCUAUUAAGUGAUAUAGAGGGAGAUAACUCUGUUCCAAUGAGAGAUUCCAACAACUCAUCAACAAGUCUCUUGAACCAAACAGUUUUAAAUUGUGAAACUUUGCAUGAUGACAUGCAGGGAGUCAAGCACAAAUUGUCCAAAUCAACUUAUUUCAACUUUUUUAAAGAUGAUCCAAUGGAAGAGUUGGAUAAUGUGUCAACCGAACAAAACAUUAGCAGUUCUAUAUCGGAUGAUAGUCAUUUACAAGCUUCUUCAUCAAAAAAGACUAGAGCUCCUCAGAAUUCCGCCUUAUUAAAAGAUGAUACUUUUACUGAUGGCAUGCAGGGAGCCAGAUGCAGUCUUUUGGACAAACCAGCUUAUUUCGACUUUUUAAAAGUUGAUUCAAUGAAAGAGUUGGAUAAUGUGCCAACCGAGCAAAACAUUAAUAGGCAUGUAUCAUUACAUGAUUUGUCAUCUAAUAGAAGUGAUUCCAACUCCCUUGACACAAAGAUGGGCAGCACUAAGAACAAAGAAGCUACUUCUAGUUCAAUUAUAUUAUUUGGUCAGACCGUUGCGGUAAAAAAAAAUCAUUUGCAUGAUUUCAAUUUGAAUAGAGAGGAAAACGGCAAGAGCAUCAAUGAAAAUGAAGACAGUGAAAAACCUGCACCAAAGUAAUUCAAUAGACUUUAUUAGGAAAGUAGUUAGAUAUAGAAAGCAAUUUAGUAUGUGAUGUUUAAAAAUAUGAAACUUAAUUGUUAUACUCAAAGUGAAUGUAUUCAUUUUUUUGCAAAUUUUAUUACUGAAUAAUUUA